AGUUUUUCCGGCUGUCUUCUCCGGCAAAUCCUGUGACAGAUUGAUGUGAGGAUUAUAACGCGGCUUGUUGUCAUCGGUGUUACACGAAUCUUGUUAUGCGUAAAUCCGAGGUAAACGACACGGGGAAGAUUCACUCUGGGAUUCUGGAGGGAUGUGAUUCCAAGGAGGGAUUGGCAUCUGGCGGGACACGUGCUGAUAGUGAGGUGCUGACCGAUAACAAAGUAAAGGACGUGAGGUACGUCGAGAUUGGGGUAAUUUCGAGGUACGAAGGUCGGUGAGCACCGAGACGGGGCGAACCACCCCGUUGUCUCGGUCAACAAUUAACAAAUUUUUCGUCUACCAACGUCGAACAACCGCAGAACAGAUGUCCUGACAGUGGGCCGCAGGCCACCAGAAUGCCGACAGACGACGACUAUGGCCGAAGAGAACCUCUCCUGUUGCAUCAGCACUCUACCUCACAAUUUGGCGGAACCCCGUUGUACCCAGGAUCAGGAAGUACAACCGGUGCAUCAAAUUCCCCGAGUGUUACAAUUGCACAAAGUAGUAUCAGCAAUAGCAGUGCUGACAUUGGAAUUUUAUCAAGCUGUUAUCACAAACAGCAAGAGCCACGAAUUCAUUCCUCUGUUUGUGGUAAUCACAAUUACGAUUCAAAAUGUACAAUUAUCAGUAGCAGCAGUAUCAGUAAUGAGAGACAAGUACCGAGUGAGCCAGUUGGCUCUCUCAAGAUGGAUUACGAUAAAUCAGAUUCACAGAAACUCGAGGAAAUAUCGAGAGGUGUGUCAUCGUGCUGCGACAGAUACACACAUCAGGAUCGCUACAGUCAAUCCCUGUCGACGUCAUCCCCCAGUAAUCAUCAUCAGUACACAGGACUGCAGGGAUUGCAGGGAUUGCAGGGAUUGCAGGGACUGCAGGGACUGCCGGUACACCAGAGCGACAGAUACGUUUUGCAGAACGAUCAGAGAAUACCCACCUCGAGUGAUCGUUAUCAAAACGAAAUUACACCGUCAUCCAAUGCAAAGAGUACAGCAACGGGUGAUUAUGCUAACGCCGGUGUACUCUCCCUAUCAACACCGAGUAAAUUGUUCUCACCGGAGAGCUUUCCCUCACCCCCAUCACCCGCUCCCGCCAAUGAUCGUUUUAUACCACCACCACCUCUAUCCCCAAAUCCCAAUGAGAAAUACGCAUCAACUCAAAGUCUCUCUAAUUAUCCCCCUAAUGACUGUACAGUACCGAGCUCACCGACACCUAGAGAUCGAUACGGUACAGCACCAGCCUCACCAAUGCUCAAGGACAGAUUCUCAUCGUCAGACAGACUACUCGUGUCCUCGAGUAGCUCAGGAUGCCACGAUAAUAGAGAUCAACGAUUCAGCACAUCGAGUGAGCGUCUACUAUCGACUGGCUCACCAGUACAAAUAUCCCACCGCGACAGCCACUUCCAGGGCCAGCAAAUCAAGGAUCCCAACAGAUACACCAUCUCCACGGAGAAACUUGUGUCAUCAUCACCGGUGCACGCACCAGUUCCUGAGCGUUUUGCUGGUAAAUCCAAUGAGAGAUUUGUCGAUUCACCGAUGCAUGAUCGGUAUCAGAGGCAGGAGCGAUCGGAGAAGGAUUUGUCUGGUAUUCACGACAAGUACUCAACCCUCACCACUUGCGAGAGGUACCUGUCGAGCUCACCGAAUCCCGAGGGUGCCCACCAGAGGUACGCCUCCACGGAGAGGAUUCUCGGUGAGUCCCAACAAUCGAGAAGAUACUCAUCAGACAGAACCGACAGAACCGACAGAACUGACUGUCAUAAAUACUCGAACGAGCGAUGUUCAAAUACUAGCUCACCGACACCGGUAUCCACUGAGUACUGCAGAUACUCGGGCUUUCAGGAUGUACCGAGCCAGUCACGUUACUCACUCGAGCGUUUCAACGAUCUCGCCCUCCAGAGAUACACACAGUCCUCACGUACCAAUGACAGAUUCAACGAGCGCGCUUAUCUCUCGAGCUCAUCACCAUCCACCCACGACGGUAGACUCAUAUCAGAGCCAAGAUAUCCAACAGCCUCCACUGAGCGACUCCUCGUAUCCUCUUCCCCAUCGUCAUCCGAGAACAGCCGAUACCUGUACUCAACCUCGUGCACAACAUCCGAGCGUUUUAUACAAUCGCCAACUCCCGACGCAAUUCGCUAUCAAACUAUUCAGAAUCAAAAUUCCAAAAAUGAUAAGUUCAUUCAGGUAUCGAAAUCUGUGUCGAGUUAUGAUCGAUAUCAGCUCACUAAUCCUGAGCAUUAUAAUCAGGAUCGUUUUGUCGAUCGAUACAAUUCAAGUACAAUCGACAGGUGCCAAAAGAACGAACGAUAUCAUGGCAAUAUCGAGCGUUAUUCUCCGAUCCGGAGUAUCGGUGACAAGUACCUGUCACUUCCAAAACCGAAGGACAUAUUUUCGGGGAGAAUAGCCACGUGCUCUCCGGUCAACACUGGCAAUGAUCCACGAUAUGGUAAUGCCACGGGUGUCGGUUACGUGCCACCACAUGCUCACACCCCAGUGGAGAGAUACGUACCCCAACCACCACCUGAGGUACUCUACCCCGAGAGAUACGUGGACAGGUACAUAUCAGCUGUUCACACACCAACCGAUCGUUAUGUGCCAGCUGCUGAUCCUGGGGAUCCGUACAUGCGUCGAGAUCUUGGAUUUCAUCAUCACUAUCGGCUACCACCACCUGGAUAUCCCUAUCAUCAGGGAAAUUAUCGAUUUCGCGGAUUCGCGUAUCCCUCGCCUGGGAGGAUAUCGGGGAGUCCUGGCUCCAGCAGCUCCAGCAGCUCCACUUCAGCUCAGAGAGAAUUCUCCACGUCGCCUCUGCUGAGGCCCAAGGUCAGGGGGUCUACCAUCGACUUCACCAGGAAUGGUCACACCUGCUGCGGGGAAACCGGACAGAAGAGUUGUUGUCAGGUCAGGCGGUCUCUACCACCAGCUCUACCCUCCAUUCCUGCUAGUCAGACCGCACAUUCACCCUGGCAACAAUCCCCGAGCUCUGGCACAACUGGUACCUCGACGAUCUCGUCCUCGGGGGCUGAUGGCGAAAGUUCACAGAGUAUUGGUAUGUACGCCGUGGGAAAUACAAACAGCGGUGGAACAACUGACAAACCAAUAACAACUGUACCAACGAUAUCACCUUCUGUGCCUUCAGCUACCAAUCAUGGAUCAACAUCAAUCAGUCCAUCAACACUGGCUAUUACGAGGAGUGUCUCAGCACCAGCGGGACCAAGGCCCAGUGUUGAGACUGGCAAUUCAACCAGUACUGGAUCAAUUGGACAGAAGCCACGAUUAAAAAGAAAUAUAAGUCGAACCGAGGCAAUCAAAAACUACAUUAAACGGGAGACUGCAACGUUUUUCGGUGUUGAUGAGGAAACGGAGAGCCUAGAGCGACAGAGAUGGCUGGACAGAAGGAGGCGAAUGGCUUCUCGAAAGUACGGUGCUCUGCUGCCCGAGCCAGUGGAUCCUGACAUCACCAAAGAUAUACCAGACUCCACGGAAAUACCAGAGAAUAUUACCCUGCGACGAUGGCAGCAGCCAGUCCGAAGAAAAGACUCGGUUGCACGGAUGACGUUGUCAGGACUUCAUUACGUCGUCGAGAGUCUUACUCGACAGCGUCCACAGGAGAGAUCCGAACCACAACCGGAAUCCCGUAGCUUUCCACCCAGUGUAAUUUCAUCGUUUCCACCCACCGAUGGCAUUACCUCCGACAAUGAUGAGCACAAUUCUGCCGGGGAUGAGGAAGAGGAGGCAUUCUUCCAACGACCACCACCACCACCAUCACCGCCACCACCACCACCACCACCUCCUCCUCCUCCUCCUCUACCCUCGACGACGCCUCAUCAGCAGUCUCAAGUUUCUGAGCAGGGCAUCGGAGAAACUCUCAAGAAUGAAGACAUUUCCACCACCGAGGCUGAUCAUCUUGACAGUGGAACCAGAUCCACGGAGCGUAUCUCUGGUGCUCCAGAAUUCCCCAGAUUUACAUCACCAAAGAAGGAAGGCCCAUCCGUAGACGCCCUACCCACACGUAGAGCACGAUCAAUUGCAAAGGAUCAUUACACCUCCAGAACAACGAAUUGGCGCAGGUCAGGGCAGAGUGGACGGAUUGAGGGUGAUGCAUUGAGCCAACAGCAAGACGAAAGUGUAAUACUGAGGCGAGACAUUACUGGUGGAACUAGGAUAUCGUCAAGUACCAUUGACCGAGUAUUCGACAACAGCAAUAGGCGACAGUAUGGCAUGGGCAUCGUCGGCCGAUUCUUGGGGCGAUCAUUUCGAAAGAGCGUGGCACAUAAACCCCACGUGAGGAAACAGCUGGACGAUAUUGAGGACCACAGGCCGUAUUUUACGUAUUGGAUAACCACUGUGCAAAUUCUCGUGAUGAUUAUUUCACUCGUAUGUUACGGCUUCGGCCCUGUUGGAAUUGAUCUCAAUCAUAGAUCAGGCUUGGUACUCGUUACGAGUCUCUCUCUGCAGCAAGUUGAUUACCAAGAGCCUGCGAAUUUCUGGAUCGGCCCCAGAGCAGCUGAUCUCAUUCACCUCGGGGCGAAAUUUGCCCCCUGCAUGCGGAGGGACCUCAAGAUCCUGAAGGAGAUCGACGUGUGGCGGGAACGAGAGCGAGACACUGCAUGCUGCAUCAGAAAUGAUGACUCGGGAUGUGUUCAAUCCAGCAAAGCAGACUGUUCAAAUACCAUAUCAACGUGGAAGAAGUGGGUCCCAGGUGACAGUGGACCUGGAGGAAGAAUAAGCGGAUCAGUCUGUGGAUUAGAUCCGAAAUUUUGUGAUGCACCAGCGAGUAUUGCUCCGUAUGAAUGGCCAGACGACAUCACCAAAUGGCCAAUCUGUCGUAAGAUGAAUCCCUUCAGUCAACGAUUCAGGAGCAACAAUGGGCAUCCCCCGAGCAAUAGCAAUUUCCCAGUGGGACGUUACAAAGACAAAAUGGCUGAGCACAUGGUGUGCGAGGUGAUUGGACAUCCCUGUUGUAUCGGUAUUCACGGAAUGUGCAGAAUUACAACAAAAGAGUAUUGUGACUUUGUUCAUGGAUAUUUCCACGAGGAAGCCUCAUUAUGCUCGCAAGUCGAGUGUCUGCAUGAUGUGUGUGGAAUGAUUCCUUUUUUGCAUCCUGAAUGGCCGGAUCAGUUUUAUCGGCUAUUCACUACCACAUUUCUUCAUGCUGGAAUUUUCCACUUGGCGAUAACAAUCCUAGUGCAGUACUACCUGAUGAGGGAUCUGGAGAAGUUGACGGGAUCCCUGAGGAUAGCCCUGAUCUACUUCACUGGAGCCCUAGCUGGGAAUUUGGCGAGUGCGAUAUUCAUUCCAUACAGAGCAGAGGUAGGUCCAGCAGGUGCCCACUUCGCCCUCCUGGCGACAUUAGUCGUGGAGGUACUGAACAGCUGGCCCAUGCUGAAACAUCCCCGUCGUGCCCUCUCAAAGCUCAUAAUUAUCCUCGUGGGGCUUUUGAUCCUGGGCAUCCUCCCCUGGGUGGAUAACUACGCACACCUAUUCGGGUUUAUCUUCGGUUUCCUGGCGUCGUACGCUCUCAUGCCUUUCAUCACAUUUGGCCACUACGACAGGCGUCGUAAGGUGAUCCUCAUAUGGAUCUGUCUGGUGGCCAUUCUCAGCCUCUUCGCUCUCCUCAUUGCCCUCUUCUACAACGUUCCUGUAUACGAGUGCGAGGUGUGCAAGCUAUUCAAUUGCAUUCCAUUCACCCGAGACUUUUGCGCCUCCCAGAACAUCAACUUCAAGAGAGAGGAACCCGUAUGACAUAUGGGGCCGCGGUUACCAGUCGAGCGAAAAGUACCGUUCGGCCCACAAAUUUACGCUCGCUAUACCCCAGACAUCAUCAUCCUCGUUAUCACAAUAUUUCUCAUAAAUUCUUGAAAAUACACGACGGAGACGACUAAUGAGACACCAGUCUCAACUGAUUACACCGGGAGAAGUCAUUUAUUUCGAUCGAAUAAUCUCGCUGCUUACAUUAAACAAUUGAUAUUUAUUUCAUUCAAAUAAAUAAUUUCUUCAUUUUCCAAAUUACACGAAAUUGACGGCUUCGAUUGAAUUAUGAAAACUUCUUCAUUGGAAUUAAAUAAAUGCUCGGAAAAAAUAUUCCAGAGAGUUAUCGAGUAAUGAAUGAACAAGUACACGUUUAGUUGAUUGAAAUGAUGUAUUCGUCUGGGUGUAUGAAUAAUCAGGAGAUAAUUAACAAAGUCGAGUGCAUCAGUGUUUUCCAAAAAGUAUUUUUAACAAGGUAUAAAUAUAGUUAUCACUCUCGACAGUUUUCUUCUACUGCCAUUCACUUUAAUAUAAUAAAACCAUGAAGAGGAGAAUACUCUGUACGAUUGCGAGAGCAUGCAGAGACUAUUGAUGCCUUAAAAUUAAUCAACCGUUAAUGAGUUGUAAGAUCUUGUAGACUGGCGAUGAAUUUGAGGCAAUGUAAAUAGCCAAUCGUUACGAUUAAUAACGAUAAAUACAUUGGAGCUUCUGAGGCUGCACAAUGGUUACCAGUUACCCCAUCUUAUUAUCACCGAUCCUACGGUUUCUCUGACUGUUCGGUAUGAUCAUAAUUGUUCAACCACUCGUGUGUAUCCCCUUUUAUUAAUCAAUAAAUCCCUGUAAAUACCUCAACUACACUAACAUGGCUAUAAGCAACGACUUAAACUGAUGUAAACGAUGUGAAAAAAAAGGCAACGUGUAUAUGUAAUAUAUUUUAUAUAGAAGGAAAAAAAGUAAAUGGCGUGAUGUAUCGCGCACUUGUGCGACUCUCUUCGUGAAUGUGUGACAUUGAAAGAAAAAAAAUACGAGUAAAGGUGUAAUUUUCAUAUGUAGAACGAACAAAUCCUCGAUAAAUUUAAAAGAAUGUAAGUUUUUUAUUAAAGACAAAUUAUUGCAGUCGACUAUGAUAAUGGCACAUUGAUAUAAUCAACAAUUAAUUGUAUAUAUCGAGUCCGAGGGGGUGAUGGAUUAAAGUAUUAACAGCAGAUAGACGUGUGGGAGGUACUAACGAAAGUGGUUUGAGUGACUGAAUACUGUAAUUAUAUGAAUGUAUUUUAUUAUUACAGACGGAAUAAUGUCACAAAUGGGAAAUGGACAGGUCUAUCAAUUGAAUAAUUCAUGAAAGUGGUGUAGAUUCAGUUCCAUUUUUUUUGGAAUUGAAUCCUUUUAGUUUAAACUGUAGGCUGCUGUAACUGCUGUAACGGGUAUUACUGCGAGGGAAUGUAAAGGAAUGGGGGUAAGUUAAUUAUAAAUAUUGACAGUAGUUAAAAAAAACAAUUUUCAAGUAUAAAUUACACGAAAUGACAUGUGCCACGAUAUGAAAAAAUUAAAUCAGAAUGAUCCAUAACGUUUACAGAAUACGUAUAUUAUCACUGCGUGUAACGUAUAAAGUACUAACUUAAUGAUAUAAAUUCGCCCUGAAGAUAUAAAUAUUCAUUGACCUAUUUUUUGUUUUUUCAAUCAUCGUCAUUUUGUCAUUUGUAUAUGGUACUCAUAGAUCUUGGAGUUGAAGGAUAAAUAAAUAUAUCAUCAAGGUUUAAGUCUUACUGGAUAUUUAUUUGUUGAUGAAAAUUUUAUAUGGAGAACUUCAUGAUACAUUAAUUAUAUUAUUUCAACAAAGCUGACAUGUACAUUGAAAUAUAUAUUUAUUUUAAACGUAUGGGACAACGGGGUGUACACAGUGACAUGGAAAUAAUUAAUAUUUUCAAUUGUUAAAUGGCGACCAAAGAAUUAAAUUAAAAAGAGAAUGUACAUUUUGAAUUUGGUGUUCUGGACAAACUUUUUCGUGUUGUUAUUGAGAUUACGAUGGAAUAAUAGAAUCAAAUCGAACGCUUAAUCACUGUAGCUCGUCCUCAUGAUCUAUUGCCCCUGUUCUCUUCAAGUUGACAAGAAAAAAAAAAAAAUAAUAAAUCCUAUAGCCCAAUGAAUUAAUUGAAUAAAAAAAUAGUGAGAACACGAAAGAGUUUUUCUUACAGCCCGUUUAAACUUCAUAAUCAUAAUAUACAAUGACAACCACCAAAAAAAAAAAUUAAGAAAUAAAAAUAGGCACCUUCUUUAUGUAUUAUGCAUCUCUGUACAAUCGCCCUAUGUGCAACGGUUAUUCAUGAAUAAAACGAAAUUUGUGGAAAAUUAUCGACAAGUAUUCCCAAGUGAGUGUAGCACCGGGAGAAUGCGGCCCUCAGUGUAAAUACUUUAGCGAUUAAUCAACAUCCAGAAUGCCUUUAUCAGUUGAUUGAGCCCGAACUUGAAUUUUUUUUUUUUUGACGAUGUAUAUUUUAUCCCACGUGGAUAUCUCUUCGAUUUCUUCAAUUUCUUCAAUGUUCAAAUUAAUGAAUAUUAUUUAUUAUUCUUAUCGUGAAUAAAACGAGUAUAAACAAGA